AUGGCGGGUGCAAAGAGUUUCUCUUGUUUUGCAGUAAUAGCUGCGGCAUUGCUUUUGGUCCUUCUCAAUGUGGCUGUGCUUUCCCAUGGAGGCAAGACAAGCACUUUCAUCAGGAAGGUUGAGAGAACUGAGGACAUGCCUCUUCAUAGUGAUGUAUUUCUUGCCCCUUCGGGCUACAAUGCUCCUCAGCAGGUGCAUAUAACACUAGGUGAUCAUGUGGGAAGGGCCAUGAUCGUAUCAUGGGUGACCAUGGACGAACCAGGAAAAAGUAUAGUAUAUUACUGGAGAGAGGAAUGCCCGCACAAGAAGGAGGUGGCCAAGGGAAAUCAUGUUACCUAUAGAUUCUUCAAUUACUCUUCUGGUUUUAUUCAUCACUGCACUCUCAGAGAUUUAGAGUUUAACAAAAUGUAUUAUUAUGAGAUUGGAAUUGGGCAUACCAGGAGACAGUUUUGGUUUGUGACCCCUCCUGAAAUGCAUCCUGAUGCACCUUAUACAUUUGGUCUAAUUGGGGAUCUAGGUCAAACUUUUGAUUCAAACAAGACCCUUGCUCACUACGAAUCAAACCCUCAAAAAGGCCAAGCUGUGUUGUUUGUGGGAGAUCUCUCUUAUGCAGAUGAUCAUCCAAAUCAUGAUAAUGUUAGAUGGGAUACAUGGGGAAGAUUCGUAGAAAGAAGUACUGCUUAUCAACCUUGGAUUUGGGCUACAGGGAACCAUGAACUUGACUAUGCUCCUGAGCUCGGUGAAACAGAACCUUUCAAGCCUUUCCGCCACCGUUAUCAUGCCCCUUACCAAGCAUCAGGAAGUACUGAACCCUUUUGGUAUUCUGUCAAGAUAGCUUCGGCACACAUCAUAGUGUUGGCUUCAUAUUCUGCAUAUGGUAAAUAUACUCCCCAGUACGAAUGGCUUGAGGCAGAGCUAACAAAGGUUGAUAGAAGCAAGACCCCCUGGUUGAUUGUUCUGGUGCAUUCACCGUGGUAUAACAGCUACAACUAUCAUUACAUGGAAGGAGAAAGCAUGAGGGUAAUGUUUGAGCCUUGGUUUGUGAAGUACAAGGUUGAUGUUGUGUUCGCUGGUCACGUCCAUGCUUAUGAACGAAGUGAACGUAUCUCUAACAUUGAAUACAACAUUAUUAAUGGUCGAUGUGGACCUUCCAAGGACCUGUCAGCUCCUGUAUACAUAACCAUUGGUGAUGGAGGGAACAUUGAAGGCUUAGCAACGAACAUGACAAAUCCACAACCCGAGUACUCUGCAUACAGAGAAGCAAGUUUUGGACAUGCCAUUUUCGAAAUAAAGAACAGAACACAUGCGCACUAUAGCUGGCACCGAAAUGAAGAUGACUACGCUACUAUAGCUGAUUCCAUGUGGUUUUUCAAUAGAUAUUGGCAUCCUGCUGAUGAUUCCACAACUAAGUGA